ACUAGUGUGCCAAAAUUUGUUCUCUAAUUUCUCCAACGCGCUUUUAAAUCAAGCAACGUACAAUGUUUCACCGAUAGUGCGAGCAAAAGUGUUUGAUUUGUAAUAAUUAAAGAUAAAUAUUUAAUGCUAGUGGGUAUAUGGCGCGUUUCAGUUAUUCAGUUGAUAAAGUGUGAAGUGAUCUAUGCGGUGUCAAUCGGUUUGGAUAAUCAAAGUUUCAUUUUCAGUUUGAGAUUUGGUGAUUUUUUGUUUUCGAAAAUAAAUAGAAAUUGAGAAAGGCUCUUAUGGCAGAGUCGAAAAGAAUUUGCCUGAAGAAUUUCACGAAAUUAAUGCGCUUUUAUCGCUCCGUGCAUAUACUGUGUGCGGCAUUCGAAUAACCGCAAAAUAUGAUGUUCCGGAUUCUACUUCUAUCCCUCCGCUUGACUUAUGACUCCUCCGUUGCCGCUCACAACAUCCUGGUGUUCCUGCCAAACCCAAUCCGGAGCCAUUACGUUCAAGUUGAGCCAAUAUUCCUGUCUCUGGCCCAUCGCGGCCACAAUGUGACCGUUGUGAGCCCGUUUCCACCGAAGGAAGAAAUUUCAAAUUUCCGGCACAUCUCUUUGAAGGCAGACCGUGCAGAGGAGCUGAUUCCACCACCGAACUGGAUGGAAUGGACUCUAACCAACCGGCUUUUCAACAUCAACUUUUGGAAAAUCCGUGCCGACCUCAACAUCCCGCAAGUCCUCGAAUCCUCAGUCUACCGGGACCUGACCCGGAACGACAAUAAAUUCGACUUGAUCUUCACGGAGCUGUUCUUCGGUUUCGAGCCCUUGGCGGUUCUCGGGCACAUCUUCCAAGCCCCGGUCGUGACUUACGCCUCAUACGGUUACAACCCGGAUAUCCUUCGAUACAUCGGUGCUGCAAAUGGGGUCGCAUACCUCCCGCAUUUCGAACUCGACUAUGCGGGUCCGAUGAGCCUUUUGCAAAGGCUGGAGAAUGCGCUGAUCCAGUUUUCGGUCAUGCUUUACAAUGAGUACUGGUACUAUCCGCGGCAUGACGCUGUGCUUGCUGAGUAUAUUCCAGGGCCUCUUCCGCGCAUCACGGAUAUGCUACGGAAUACGUCGCUGUUUCUCCUUACUUCCAAUCCCGCACUAAGAGGCGCUAAGCUAUAUCCUCCGAAUGUUAUUGAGAUAUCUGGGAUACACUUCAAGGAUCCAACGCUUUUAGACGAGGAAUUGAAUGAUAUCAUGGACAGAGCGAAAAAAGGCGUGAUUUACUUUUCUUUUGGAACACUGCUGAAAGCAAGUAAUAUCCGUAAGGAAAUCGCGCAAACAUUCUUAACUGUUUUUGGACAGUUGGAUCAGACAAUACUAUGGAAAGCAGAUUUAAAAUACACCGAUUGGGAUAUCCCAAAAAAUGUUUACAUAAGGGAUCGGUUUGACCAAAUAAGCAUCUUGGCUCAUCCCAAUUGCGUUCUGUUCCUAACUCAUGGAGGCGUAUCAAGCAUGAUGGAGGCAAUAAAGAAUGCCGUUCCAGUUAUAGUGGUGCCUUUUUUCGCGGAUCAAAACAUUAACGCCGCGAAUGCUGAGUAUUUGGGCUAUGGACUGCACCUAUCGUACAGGAAUUUAACACAACAGUCACUUCGUUGGGCGAUUACGACCGUUUUGAGGGAUCCUAGGUUCAAAGCGAAUGUUGAAACAGCGUCUGAAGUUUUCACGGACAGACCGAUGUCAUCGUUGGACUCUUCUGUCUAUUGGAUAGAAUACGUGAUACGGCACAGCGGUGCGCAUCAUUUGAAACCUCCGACAGUUCAUAUGCCGUGGUACCAGUUAUUCUUUUUGGACGUUAUUGUCGUAUAUUUCGUCGCUUUUUGCCUUAUCUUAUACAUUUUUAAACAGGUCAUCUCACUUUUAUUUUUGAGACUUUUAUUCGUCACCAAAUCAUCGAAAGCAAAAGUAAACUGAUGUUCUUUUUCCGGCCUUUUAGAAAA